AUGACCCUCUUGGUGCGCAACAGCAAUGGUGCCCAAGAUCAAUUCGCUUCCAUGACGUUGAUCAGCGCCUUGACGUUCGUGCCGAUAGCCAUCGACAAGGCUCGGUUCCUCUCCGGCGGUGGCAACCUCCUCUGCGGUGCGCUGCAAACUCCCAUCAACUUAACAUCCAGCAUGGCGACGUUCACCGGCAGCGAUGUGCUCUGCGGUGCGGGCGGCGACGAGCGAGCAAGUACAAAUCCCAUGCAAAUGGUGUUUGCAGCGAUCGUGUCUGGCACGGUCUUGGCGCCAAAGAGUCUCGUUUCGAUGGCGUGCGGCGCCGAAGUGCUCACGCCACCCGGCUGCGACGCGUCCGUCGAUAGCGCUACGACCUUUGCAGCCACGUACGUUGAUGCCGACACGCUUCAAACAAUGCGCAGUCAAUCGAUUGCGGCCCAAGCCAGUGUUGUCGCCGUGAACGUGGGCUAUGCCCAGUACCUCUUGGACACCGUCUUGUACGAGGCCGAGCUAUUUUUUCAGCCGCUUUUGGAUAAGAGCGAGCCGAGUUUGCACUUUGUGAGCUGGAUGCUGCUCCACGACUGGGUGACGGGCACGCGCGAAUACAUUUCCAGCGUCCUUGCGAGCCUCGAUUUUGUAUGGUGUGGCUACACGCUUCUAAACGGCUUGACAACCGAGCCCAAGAACCUCUUCCUCAUCAAUCGCGUCGGCGCGCUUGUUUGGCUCGGCCGACCGCUCCUCAUGGUCCGCGCGUUCACGGCCCUUUGCAUUCUCUGCUCGGCAACGCUCCAGCUGCGCAAGGCGGGGGGUGUCACGAUCGCCGUCGCAACCCGAGACGACGUGAGUCCACUUCUCGUCGUUGUUUUGAAAGUGCUUGCCUCGGGCGAGCUCGGCUGGCUCGUGCACAUUUUCGAAGACAUUGGGAUGGUGCUCACACGCGAGUUUGCGGCCAUAUACACCAAGCGCACUGCACUUCUCACGUGGAUCCUUGCCAGCGCCUUGAGCUUUGCGCGUCCCGUCGAGCACGUUGCGCACGUGCAGCCCAUUUGCAGGUUGGUGGACAUGGAUUUGCAGCUGUCGUGUCGCUCGGGCGUCGUCAGCAUUGGGUCGCCCACGCGCAUGCUCGCGCUGAUUGCGAUUGCGCUCAGCGUCUCGACAAGUGCCUAUGUUGUGACGCGCCUCCGUGUCCCGCGGCCGAUCUGCAACGAACGCGACUCGCAUUUGAUGUCGUGUGGCGCCAAGUACCUUUUUCACAAUACGAAUUGGGUCUCGGAGUCGGGCGUUCUGCAUCUGGAUUACGCGUCGGCUGCGCUCACGGGCCUGCUCAUUUGGCCACUUGGCAGCCACAAACUGUUGGUGUUUGACGUCAAGACGUGGCGAACGCUGGUCGUGCCACGAUCGGUGACGCUACCGCGUCACCUGGCGCGCGCCGUGCCGGUGGUCGAGUAGCGCCAUGAACACGUUGCAUGCAUUUUGGGGCGACCGUGGUAUCCCUUUGGCGAGACGCGAGCACCCCCAAAGCCGACAAGUUGAUCACGAA